AUGUUGUUCUCAUCCUCCACUCCCAAACUAAACUCCCUAUGUAGUGGUGCAGGCAUAGGAGGGCUUGUCCUCGCUAUCACGAUUGGCAAGUUCGCAGGGCGUGAUAUUCACAUAGACUUAUACGAAGCGCGCGAUGUCAUCGCGACCGCUGGGGCUGGGAUUUCAGUCUCGCGACGCACGGCGGAGGUCAUGGUGGAACUCGGAUUAUAUGAAAAAUCCCCCCACCCUUCCUCUAGCUACGGUCUGAGAUUAAGGAAGUCUAAUGCCCCAGAGGGUGGUUUUGAUGUCUUCAAAACGUUUAGACCGGGAUCCAAUAUGCAUCGCAAGGAUCUCAUUGACGUUCUCAAGCAAAGCAUCUCGUCCUCAUGCACUGUCCACUUUAAUAAACGGCUUACCAAAUAUGAAAAGCAAUCACCAGGAUCACUCAUCCUCUACUUCACUGAUGACAGCACAUCGACCGCCGACGUGUUAGUAGGGGCAGACGGUAUCCACUCAUCAGUGCGGAAGACAUUCUUUGAAGCAAUAGGCCCAGACACCGUAGACCCAAGCAAGAUAAGACACUAUACUCAACCAUCUUGGACUGGAACGCUUGUCUAUCGUAGCGUCUUUCCAGCGGAGAAGCUCUCGGAAUUGGAUCCAAAUAACGUAGCUUUGAAGUAUUUCAUUAUAUUCUGCGGGAAGGGAAAGCACAUCGUCUCGUAUCCUGUUUCGCAAGGAACGCAGAUCAAUAAAGCUGGCACACCUUUUGAAGGCCAUUGGGUUUCAGAUGUGUCGCUAGAAGAGGCUGAGGAAGCAUAUCAGGACUUCGAGCCUGACGCCAAGCACCCCCUGAACGUAAUUUGGGCCGAGUCGUUUGUGCUAUCCUCGACUCAUGAAUAUUUUUCGCAGCCACUUCACGUGGUAAAUGAAUUGCCGUUAUUCACUUGCGACAGAGUUGUGCUGAUAGGUGAUGCGGCCCAUGCCAUGACGCCCUACUGUGGGGCUGGGGCUGGUCAGGCAAUCGAGGAUGCUUUUGUCCUUGGUCGCCUUCUUGCACACCCACUCACAACAUUGGAUAACGUGCCCGUCGCGCUGAAAGCAUACCAGGACGUCCGCCUCCCGUUCGCUCAAUUCGUAGCAUGUGAAUCGAAACGUACAGGAAAGAUGUACGAUUUUCGCGCACCUGGUUAUUAUGAUGGGACAGAUCGAGGCAACGGACGAGAGGAGAUGGAGGUUCUGAAAGAGAAGAUCUUAGACCAGUGGCAUUGGGAAAGUAAAGGUGAAGGUGGUACUGUUGCUGAAUGGGAAAAGGCAGAAAGGCAACUGCAGGAGGGCUCGUGCAAUGGAGGAUAUGAGAACGGUACAUCAUGA